AAUGAGCUUUCUUCUUCAGCUUUUCAUGGAAAACAAGUUGAAUCUAAAGGCAUCAUAACGUGUGGAGCCUACCACCACAUGAAUAAAUCUCCUCCCUCCAUUCGUGAUUUCGUUUCUCAUCAGCUGAAUAGUAAUCAUGACAUUCCUUUCAAGCACUUUGGUUGUGGGAGCUCCAAGCAAUAUCUUUUCAAAGAGAAGCUACGUCUUAAUUAAGAGAAGCUAUAAUUUGCAACCAUGCCAAUAUAGUCGGUUUAAAGCAAGAUCUCACUUUACUGUAGUGGCAAAAGAUACUUUUUGGACUGGUAAAGUGCCUCCUUCCACUGUGUUGGGUAUCGGAGAAAAGGUUCCUUCCGCGGCUUAUAUCAUUUCGUCCGUAGUAUGCUUGUUGGUUGGUUCUUAUUGCGUCUAUGAAAGUAACUUGCUCUCUCCUCUAACUGUUACUACUAUCAAUCCACUUUAUGUUCUUGGCUCUCUAUUGGUACCGUAUUCCUGGGGAUUACAUGUUGCUGGUUGGAUUCAACUCAAAAACGGCAAAUAGUGGUUUGGAAUUUUGUUGAGUUUCACUUUGUUUGGGAAUUAUUUUGGAUAAAAAGCGUUUCUUAAAGUCAACGAUAGUCGUUUGUCGUCUCCCAGCACCUUUUGUUUGCAAGUCUUUUUUCAAGGUUCUUUUAAAAGCAACGGCUUGAAAGACCGAAACAUCAACCAACUUUCGGCUUAACUACUGCAGUCAUUAUGAUUUCAACGAUUCCUCCACCAGUUUCAAACAUAUCCUUGUAUUCCUAAAAAUAGUCCUAUAAAAGAGCUUGUGAAAUCGAUGCCCUAUGAAAAGCGGCCGUCCAUGUGCAGAGCGUUCCACGUUACUCAAAAUGCACGUUCCACGCACUCGGGACGCAUGCCAAAUCGAA